UCUCUCUCCUCUCGUUAUUUUCUCAUCCCAAAUUUAUCAUUAUCUGCGAAAACAUUAUAUUACUAGUAACAUUUGUUAUUAUUUGCGAAACAUUAUACUCUUUUCAUAACGAAUUACUAGCAACAUUUAUUAUUAUUUGUGAGACGUGAAAUAUUCGAUUGUUACUAGUAAUUUGUUACGGAAGGAGUACUUAUACCAGCUGACUUAAUAAGAAUUCAAUUCAUUUGAUUGAUCUGAUGCUAAAAUUAUUCUUGAGACAAAUAUGAUGAUUAUUUCUUGAGAGAAAUCUGAUGAUAAAUUAUAAUCAUUAAAUUUGUUGUUAUGGACUGCUAAAACUUUAUUAAUGUUUUUGUACUGAACUAUGAGUUUGUUGUAGGAAUUACUAUCAGAAAUUUGGCAGGUUUAGGUUUAAAUUAAUUGAAUUUUAAGAGAUAGAAUGGGAAAUUCUAAAAGAGGAUAAGUGCAUAAUCGUCUUCUUGUCGUGUUAGUUGCCAUUGUAUUGUUGUGUCUGGUAAGAGAUUGCAAUGACAAUUUCUGUUUCGUGCCUUUUUGCUAUGUUGUUCAGCCACGGAUUGAGUGUAUACUCGGAUACGAGUGUCCAAGUGUUCGACUCGGCUAUCUUGUAGAAAAAGACAAGUUUUUAGUUUAAAAUGAAGUAUCCAGUGAUGCUCGAUUUUUGAGGUAAAUGAGGUGUCAAAGUAACAUAGCCUUUUUGGAUUGUUGCCACAUUAUUUGGAAUACGUGUUUUAGAAUGCAGCUGAUAGGCUCUUGCUUAUCAGGCAAUUUGGGUUGAUGGUUUAUUGUAUUGAUUAGCUCAAAUCAUGAACAUGGUUAAGAUUAGCUAAUGAUGUAAUGUGAUUGGAUCAUUGAUGAGUCAAGGGUAGAUUGGUUUCUAUAAUCUUUAGUGAUAUGGAUUAUUCACUAACCACUACUGAGGCCCCGUUCUUCUGGACCGAACUUAACUGAAAUGAACUGAAAGUGUGGGGAGAAUUUGUCUGUCCAAACUGAAGUGAAUUUCCAUUGAUUUAGUCCAAAAGAACAGGGCCUUAAACGAUACCAAAGUAUUUGGAGCUGCUCAUUUCAUGAUAAGUUUUUGCUAGUCUUGUAUCGAUGUGCAAAAGCACUGGUUCCUUGUUUUAUAUAUUAGACGAGAUGUCGAGAUCUAGCUGCAUAGAGCUGAGUUCUUCAGCUACUACAGAUGAUUCUUCAGGCUGCAGAUUGCCAUAAACACGGAAUAGAUGGUUACACAUUUCGGCAUCAGUCAUCAGAAUGGUUCGAGAAAAGGACGUAUGCUGGGAGUAUGCUGAUAAGUUGGACGGGAACAAGGUGAGAUGCAAAUUCUGCUCAAGGAUUUUGAACGGGGGCAUCAGUAGAUUGAAGCAUCAUUUAUCUCGGCUUCCCAGUAAAGGGGUGAAUCCAUGCAGUAAAGUGAGGGACGACGUAAGUGAUAGAGUUAGAACUAUCAUUGCAGCAAAAGAAGAUAGAGAAAUCCCUCUUUCCAAGAAGCUAAAGCUUCCAGAAACUAGUUCUCCGGGGAGUAUCCCUCCAAGUAAACCUCUAAUGUUUGCAGAGACAUCUCCCAUUGCAAAAGUGCAUCCUGUAUUGAGCCAAAUUGAUAGUUCUUCCACUUCAAGUGACCAAGAAAAUGCCGAGGAAAGUAUUGCUUUGUUUUUCUUUGAGAAUAAGUUGGAUUUUAGUGUGGCAAGAUCGUCUUCUUACCAGCUAAUGAUUGAAGCGAUAGGUAAAUGUGGUUCUGGAUUUUCCGGUCCUCCUGCAGAAACACUGAAGACUACAUGGUUGGAGAGAGUUAAGUCCAAAAUGGAUGUAGGAUUGAAAGACACCGAGAAAGAGUGGGUCAGAACAGGCUGUACUAUUAUUGCAGAUACAUGGACUGAUAACAAAUCACGAGCAAUUGUGAACUUUUUGGUUUCAUCCCCAUCAAGAACCUUCUUUCACAAGUCGGUGGACGCUUCUUCAUACUUCAAAAACGUAAAAUCUUUGGCUGAUUUAUUUGAUUCUGUCAUUCAAGAAAUUGGCCCUGAGAAUGUGGUCCAGAUAAUUGUUGAUGGGGCGCUCAGUUAUUCUGGUGUUGCGAACCACAUUCUUCAGAACUAUGGCACGGUCUUCAUCUCUCCAUGUGCUUCUCACUGUGUAAAUUUGAUACUUGAUGAUUUCUGCAAGAUUGAUUGGGUGAAUAGGUGUAUUGUACAGGCACAAACCGUCACAAGAUUUAUCUACAAUAGUACAACAUUGCUUGAGUUUAUGAAAAAUUUUACAGCAGGCCAGGAUGUAAUUAGAACCGGCAUUACCAAGUCUGUUUCCAACUUCCUCUCUCUGCAAGCGCUAUUUAAGCAAAGGAGUAAGCUGAAGCUUAUGGUGAAUAGUGCAGAGUAUUCUGUUACCUCUGCUUGUGUAAGUAAACAACAGAGCAUAUCUUCUGCAGCAAUUUUGGAUGAUAACGAAUUUUGGAAAGCAGUUGAAGAAUGUAUUGCUGUUUCUGAGCCAUUUCUAAGAAUUUUGAGGGAAGUAGCAGAUGGUAAACCUGCAGUUGGGAUAAUUUAUGAGCUGAUGACGAAGGCCAAGGAAUCGAUAAGAACAUAUUAUAUUAUGGAUGAGAGCAAGUGUAAGACGUUCUUAGAUAUAGUGGACAAGAAGUGGCAUAACCAGCUUCAUACAUCAUUACAUUCUGCUGCAGCAUUUUUGAAUCCUUGCAUCCAGUAUAACCCUGAAGUCAAGUUCUUGGCUGCUAUAAAAGAAGACUUCUUCAAUGUUUUGGAAAAACUGCUUCCGACACCUGAGUCAAGGCACAAUAUCACUAAUCAGAUCCUUUUGUUUCAGCGAGCAACCGGAAUGUUUGGGUGUAACCUGGCAAAAGAAGCACGCGAUACAGUUUCACCUGGAGAAUGGUGGGAGCAAUAUGGGGAUUCAGCACCAGUAUUGCAAAAAGUAGCCAUAAGAAUCCUGAGCCAAGUUUGCAGUACUUCAGCAUUCGAGAAACAAUGGAACACGUUCCAGCAAAUACAUUCUGAAAAGAGGAAUAAAAUCGAUAAAGAAGCAUUGAACGAUCUCAUCUACAUAAAUUACAACCUCAAGUUAGGAAAACCCAAGAACAAGACCUUCGAUGUGGAUCCAAUCCAGCUUGAUGACAUUGACAUGACUUCAGAGUGGGUAGAAGAAAUCGAAACUCCAAGCCCAACUCAGUGGCUUGAUCGUUUCGGGUCUGCCUAUGAUGUAAGUGACUUAAACACAAGACAAUUCAGCGCCGCGUUUUUUGGUACAAACGACUUCGGCUUAUGACUAUAGGACCAAAAACCGCGAUUGUAUCAUGUAAAUUUCAUCCCUUUAUAGUACAGUUGUAUACUUGUAGGUAUACCUUGUAUCAGCAAUUGUUCUAGCAAUGAAAACCUUUGUACCAUGUGCUACAGAAGAAACAUAACUUUUCCCAAUCAUGUAAAGGUAUAAUGCAACUUACAAACAUAAGAAUCAGAAACAUCAUUGGGAAAUCCAUAUCCUUGUUUUGCAA